CCGCUCUGCAGAGGCGCAGUUGGAGGCGGAGACCCGCUUGGGGCGAAGUGUAAGGGGUGUGAGCUAAGGGCCAAGGGGGCUCUCGUGCUCGGGGAACAUAGAUGGCUGGACACAGAAUCUAGAGACUUCAAAUAAUGUGGAGAUGUUUCGACCUUCAGGUUCCACUGGGCUCAUUCCCCCAUCCCACUUCCAAGCUCAGCCCCUUCCAACCUUGCCAAGAAUGGCUCCCAACUGGGUCUUAGACAUUCCUCUGGUCCAACCCCUGGCCCAUCACGAAGUCUCAGAGAGGCGGCCAGACAACCAAAGACCUCAAGUGAUCAUAUGGGAACAGGAUGUUUCUGGUGAUGGGCAGCAACCAGGGCAGAGGGGCAGGUCCGUGGAGCUACAGGGGUCACAGGCCUUGAGCCAGCAGGCUGAGCUGAUCUCUCGGCAGCUGCAGGAGCUGCGGCGGUUUGAGGAGGAGGUCCGGGUCCUGCGGGAGACCUCAUUGCAGCAGAAGAUGAGGCUGGAGGCCCAGGCUGUGGAGCUGGAGGCUCUGGCACGGGCAGAGAAGGCUGGCCGAGCUGAGGCCGAGGGCCUGCGUGCUGCCUUGACUGGGGCUGAGGUUGUCCGGAAGAACUUGGAAGAGGAGAGCCAGCGGCAGCUGGAGGAAGUUCAGAGGCUGCACAAGGAGCAGCUGUCCUCCUUAACACGGGCUCGCCAGGAGGCUCUUUCCAGCCUGACCAACAAAACCGAGGGCUUGGAGAAGUCUCUGAACAGUUUGGAAACCAGGAGGGCAGAGGAAGCCAAGGAAUUAGCUAUGGCCCAGAAGGAGGCUGAGAUGCUACGGAAGCAGCUCAGCAAGACCCAAGAAGACUUGGAGGUUCAGGUGACGUUGGUUGAGAACCUAAGGAGAUACGUAGGGGAACAAGUCCCCGAGGUCCACAGCCAGAUGUGGGAGUCAGAGCGACAAGACCUCUUAGAGACUGUGCAGCACUUGCAGGAGGACCGGGACAGCCUACACUCGACUGUGGAGCUGCUGCAGGUGCGAGUGCAAAGCCUCACCCACAUCUUGUCCAUGCAGGAGGAGGAGCUGGCCAGGAAGGUUCAGCCUUCAGAUUCCCUGGAGCCCGAGUUGCCCAGGAAGGUCCAGUCCCUGCUGAAGCGCUGGCGGGAGAAGGUGUUUGCCCUCAUGGUGCAGCUGAAGGCCCAGGAGCUGGAGCACGGAGCGUGCGUGCAGCAUCUGAAGGGACAGGUGGCAGAGCUCCAGGAAAGAGCUUCAGCCCAGAGUCAGGAGCAGGCCAUCCUGCAGCGGUCCCUGGAGGACAAAGCUGCACAGGUGGAAGUGGAGCGGAUGGGCACCAAGACCCUGCAGAUGGAGCUGAGCCGUGCCCAGGAGGCCUGGCGCCGGGGGCAGCAGCAGGUCGCCGUGGCUGAGGAGCAGCUGAAGCUUGUGGCCAACACUGUCAGCAGCUUUCAGACCUGGCUCCAGAACACCAUGGCCAAGGUGGAGCAAGCCGCAGCCCGGCUGCCCAGCCUCAGCAGCCGAGUCAGCUAUGCUGUCCGCAAGGUCCACACCAUUCGGGGUCUGAUGGCUCGAAAACUGGCGCUUGCUCAUCUGCGCCAGGAGAGCUGCCUGCUGCCCCCACCAACCGAGGAGGUGAGCCUUGAGUUGGAGCAGCUGCGGGAAGAACGGGAUCGCCUGGAUGCAGAACUGCAGCUGAGUGCCCACAUCAUCCAGCAGGAGGUGGGCCGAGCCCGGGAGCAAGGGGAGGCGGAGCGGCAGCAACUGAGUUCGGUGGCCCAGCAGCUGGAGCAGGAGCUUCGGCAGACCCAGGAGUCCUUGGCCAGUGUGGGGCUGCAGCUGGAAGCAGCUCGCCAGGGCCAGCAGGAGAGCAUGGAGGAGGCUGCCAGUCUGCGGCAGGAGCUGACCCAGCAGCAGGAAACCUAUGGGCAAGCUCUGCAAGAGAAGGUGGCCGAAGUGGAAUCUCGGCUGCGGGAACAGCUCUCAGAAACAGAAAGAAGACUGAAUGACGCUCGGAGGGAGCAUGCCAAGGCCGUGGUUUCCCUGCGCCAAAUCCAGCGCAAAGCCACCAGGGAAAAGGAGCGGGACCAGGAGCUUAGGCGCCUGCAGGAAGAGGCCCGGAAGGAGGAGGGGCUGCGGCUGACCCAGCGCCUGCAGGAGCUGGAGAGGGACAAGAACCUCCUGCUGGUCACCUUGCAGCAGGAGGGUCUCCUCUCCCGUUAUAAGCAGCAGCGGCUGUUGGCAGCUCAUCCUUCCCUGGAUAAGGGGAAGUCUGCGCAGUCCAGCCCAAGCCGGGCAGUGUCUUCAGUACCUGGAUCUCCAGCAGCUGCGCUGUCCCCCAGGAAGACUGUAAAGGGAUCCCUCUGUGUCCUGCUCGAUGACCUGCAGGGCCUGAGUGAGGCCAUUUCCAAAGAGGAGGCUCUUUCUCAAGGAGACAACCAAAACUCUUCUGCUCCCGUCCAUCAUUGACCAGUUGGGCGCUGGGACACCUGGGAGCUCAGGGGGGCCUAGGGAACCAGUAGGACCAUGGAGAAGUGGGGUGAGGUUUGUGGGGUCUGCCCUUGGGGACACUAGCCACCAAGGUGUCUGUGAAGUCUGUGCCUCAAUAAAGAUGACUGCAGUAGGAAAAAAAAAAA